AUGUCGUCGCUGAAUAUGUCUUACUCGUUGGUGGUGAUGACUUAUGAUCGUUUGUAUGCCAUACGCGACCCCUAUGGCAACCGUCCACUAUGUGUCGGUACAAUUUACGAUAACGAACUCAAAACCGCCACUCCAAUAGCUUACAUUGCGGCCUCAGAGACUUGUGCGCUCCCCAACUCAGCUAAGCUGAACUUCGAAGUUCAACCGGGUGAAAUUGUGGAGAUCUCUCGAAAAGGAAUACGCUCCGUAUACCAGAUGAAGCCACAAUCACCCCAAGCGAUGUGCAUUUUCGAGUUUGUCUACUUCGCCAGGAAUGAUUCAAUUAUGCAAGGGCAGCAGGUGCAAACCGUGAGGUUGGUUGUUUAA